AUGUCGCACCAUUGCCCACCACGAUCACAGAGAGCAGCCAGAUCCCAACAUCUCUCAUGUCAACCCUCCAAAGUGUGGCUACCUGAAGAGGACAUUAAAUUAAUUCAUCUUCGAAGCAAGGGAUGGCAAUGGCCCGCGAUCAGCCGAAUGCUACCUGGGAAAUCGCAAUCGUGUUGUCGUCUCCGAUACAAAGGCCACCUUAAUCGAUCUCCACAAUGGACUGAGGAGAGAAAAGAUUCUCUUUCACGAGAAUACGCAAAGCUCCGGGAGCAUAUAUGGUCGAUGAUAGGAGAGAAAUCAGGCAUUCCCUGGAGAGCAGCGGAGGCUAUGCAUUGGCAUCUAGGGGAGCAGGAGAUAGCACGUCGUGCUCAAGUGACAUCUUUCAAUAUAAACUAUAGUGAGGAGCGUCGCGGCACGCGCGUUGCGGACCAGGGUGCGAAAGACGCUUCAACCAAAGGGGAAGGAAGGGUGAAUAGAGCCAUUACGUUGCCCUCCAUUACAACACUUUUCCCAGAUAUUCUCAAGAAUUGCCAGUCUACUGGGUGA